AAACAAGACAGAAAUGGAUUUACAUGCUUGCAUAAAGCAGUCCUGAAAAGCAGGUCGGACACAAUCAAAGUCCUUCUUGAUUUUGGCGGUCAAAAGCUUGUCCAUGCAGUGGACAACGAAGGGAGAACCUGCUUACACGUUGCAGCGUUGAGGACAAACAAGAUGAUUGUCAACGCUCUUCUUCAAGUUGGUGGAAAUCAGCUUCUGUUUGCGACAGAUCAUGAAGGCAAGACAUGCUUACACACCGCAGCGAGUGUUGGCAAUCUUGAGGCAUCUGAAUGUCUGUGUGCUCAUGGAGGGAAUGAGCUUAUGAACAUGAAAGACAAGAACAAAAUGACCUGCCUACACUGGGCUGUCAUGCAUGGCAAACUGGACGUUGUCGUGCUGCUGGCUAGAUAUGGCAUGCAGAGCGAAACGGUAUCUCGUAUGUAA